AUGGUGAUUUUCCAACAUCCAACUCACGCACACACACACAUUCAGCUGAUAACUCACCUCAACUUAUUAGCCGAUGUUUCAUUCGCUGUCGAAAAUUUCAAGCGAAUGGUUAGUUUCAAUGUGUGGAGAAACCUAUACCAUUUACUCUGCAAGAAUCCUGGCACAUUGACCUCAAUCCGAACGAAAGUAUGGGCACCUCGAUUUCCUCCUGUACAACCGUCCGAUGUUCCUCUAUACGAUAAAGUGGUCGAUGCGAUGCGUGUUCAUGCGGAAAAUCCGACAAAGAUUGCACUAAUGAGCGGAGAUGGCGAAGCUGAUCCCAUCACUUACAAGGAACUUUUGUUUCAAACUGAAGCUGCUGCAUCGUUUCUUUCGAAAUGCGGAAUUCGACGAGAAGUCGCAUGUCUUGUGAUGUCAAACUCACCUGCUUUCAUAGCUUCUCAUCUUAGCGUCUUGAAGUGUGGCGGUUUGGUUACUGUAGCAAAAACAUCGGCUUCACGAGCGGAUCUAGAGCAACAAAUAAAGGAAACCAAUUCAAGCUUUAUUUUCACCGACGAAGAUGCUCUGGACAAACUCUUACGCGUAGCCGAAAAUUGCUCUAACGUGAAGACGAUUUUCUGCGUGAGACGAACUUUAUCGAGAAACAAGCUGCCUAAAGGAGUUGUCGACUUCAAAAGAGUGAUAGCAGGGCCUAUCACUGAAACGAAGAAUGAAAAUUAUAAAUCUACGGACACAGCGAUGAUUUCGUACACAACCACUUCAGAUGAGUCCCUAGUAGGAAUGGUCCUCACUCAUAGGAACAUCUCAACGGCGGCCGACAUUUACAACGAGUGCCUCCGUCGUAUUAUGAAAAGAGCGUACAUGUACACGGAUCUCUCUCAAGAAAAACUGCUCCAUUGCUCAUCGUUUUCGAGUUUAUUUGGUCUUCUAUGCAUGGAUAUUGCCUUAAUUGCUGGAUUUACAUCCAUUAUACUUAAGGAAUUCGAUCCCACAUUGUUUCAGAAUAGUCUCCACUCUCAUAUGCCACGUCUUCUCAUCACCGAACCGAAAAAUAUUGUCAGCAGCCUGAAAUAUCAUGGAACUAAUGCGUUCAAGACGAACUCUCUGGAAUAUGUCCUUUGCAACGGACCAGCCGUGGGAAAACGCGUUCGUAAAGGAUUUUUGGAGAAGUUUCCUUCCGUAAAAUACAUGACCAGCGGAGCCGGUUUGCUGGAUGGAGCCCCCGGUGCGAUGAUACCGAAUAUUGGUGAUCGAGAGAACACCGACUGUGUUAGUUGCGCGGUGCCAACGUGUGAAACGAAGGUGGUUUGUGCCGGCAGAGAACUUGGCGUUGACCGGGUUGGUGAGAUUUGUUUACGUGGACCAACCGUUAUGCAAGGAUACGUAGGGGAUAGUGAGGCUGUUGAUGCUAAUGGUUGGUUUCACACAGGUGAGAUCGGACAUAUAGACCAGCAUGGAAAUAUUUUUAUUGAUGGUCGUUUGGAUGACUUUACUGAUGUGGAUGGUCAACAAGUUUGUCUCAACGAAUUGGAGGAUAUCCUCCUCUGUCAUCCAUCAAUUGUUGACGCUGCUGUGGUAGGCAUAGAAAACAAGGAACUUGGACAUCUUUUGAAAGCAUUUGUAGUGCAAUGUGAUGAAACGUUAACGCCGGAUGAAGUUCAGCUUUAUAUUCGUGGACAAAUAUCUGAGUCCUACAAGCACCUAUCGGGUGGAGUUGAAUUCAUUGACGCGAUUCCAAGAGCAGCUGAUGGUCAUAUUCUUCGAAAUAAACUUGCGAAAUUAAAAGCUGCUCAUGAAGAGAAGACAGCAGCAGAAAGCUUGGAACAAUUCCCUUAA